AAGAGGCUGUAGCCAGGUGGGGAUCGGCCUCUUCUCCCAGGCAACCAGCGACAGCAUGAGAGGACAUAGUCUCCAGCAGCGCCAGGGGAGGUUUGGGUUGAACACUGGGAAGAAAUUCUUCGCAGAAAGGGUGAUUAGAUGCUGGAAUGGGCUGCCCUGGGGGGUGGUGGAGUCACUGUCCCUGAAGGUGUUUAAGGAAAGACCGGAUGUGGUACUGAGUGCCAUGGUCUAGUGGACGUGGUGGUUAUCAGUCAUAGUUGGACUUGAUGAUCUCAGAGGUCUUUUCCAAUCUAAUUGAAUUCUCUGAUUCUGUGAAUUGUUUAUAAGUGAGGAAUAUAGAAACUUUGGAUUUCAUUUUUCUCUUACGUCAUCUCCCCUUGAACCCCAUUUGCUUUCAGAGCAGUGUAAAUGAAAUUCUUACCCUGAUGUCACCAAGAUUCUCAGCCUUAAUUCACAGUUCCUGACUAGAUUAAAUGCUCUAGUGGGUCCAGUGGCACUUCACCAGCUCAGGUUCAGCACUGCAGCAAUAGCAUUUCUGGGGCCAUUUUUGGAAGCCGUGCACGUGGAAUUGUGAACUUGGAGUUAGAAAUCCUUGUCAGAAUUACAUGGAGUUAAUUUUUUUCUAUCCCAAAUCUGUCAUAGGUACAUUGAUUUUACUCUGCAGUUUAGACUGUUAUUAGAUGUUGUGUUGAGAACUAAUGUUAUUCUCUUGAUGAAGAGAAUUGUCAAUCUCAUAAUGAAGAGUGAAAUCUUGCAAAAGAGCUCCAGUUCUGGCCACUUUGCUUCUUAAAUCAUUUGCAUGUGCAUCAAGUAUUGUCACUUUGCAACUCUCCUGUAACUUGAACCUUGAAAACAUGGAACCUCAUAAUAUAGCCAUUUCAUUCCUGGAUCUAGUGUCUCCCAUAUUUUCAGCGUAUCUUAGCAUUCAGUGGCUGGUUGGGUCAGGGUGUUUGUGCCUUGUUUAGGUGUGCAGUUUUAAAGACCUGGUUCAGCAAUUGUUGCUCAUGGAACUUAGCCCAAAUAGAUUGACUGUUAGCUGGGAGAUGUGAAGAUGCAGUCAAAUUCCUGUGGAUGCUUCUGGAUUAGCAGGAGCAUAGUGCUGCCUGUCCUGUUCAUGGUGCAUUGGAAGUGACCCCCGUACCUGCCAUGUGCAUUGUGAAGUGCCUGCUCUGCCACACUGUGGGGAUGUUUGUGUGCAGCUUCCUCUGGUAGCUAAACUUCUGUUUGUCAGUCACAACACAGGGAUGUAGCUUCAAGAGAAGCACCAUGCUGCCACCAGACUGCCAUUUACUUUUUGGCACUGCAGAACAUGUCACUUUUCCUUUUGCUUAAACACAGCAGUAGUCUGGAUCUGCUCCUGCUAGCAGAGGCAGUGAAGCAACUAUCCAGCUUUCUUGUGCUGGGAACACACUUACCAUUGACCCUCUUCACUGAUAGAGGAUAUUGCUGAUCUGGUUGCCUAUACAAAACUUCCAAGGCUGAUGAAAAUUAAACAGUGAUCCUUCCUGUGCAGGGGCUGAUACAGGGAAUCCAAUGCAGGACGUUGCAGAAAAUCACAGGGUUUUCUUCUGGAAGGUUUUCCCAGUUGUGGUGGUGUCAUUGAUGUGUGUUGCAUGUCCUCUGUCUGCUUGAGUCUCACCAGGCUUGAUUAUUUAUUGAGAGGAAAAGAGUUCCAGAGCCUUCUGCCAGUGAGAACCAAGACAGCCUUAUCUGAGCAAUGAUAUGAUGGACUACUUGUUGCUGUGUUCUGAAAUUCUUCAUGGAAUAUUAAAAGCAACCUGUAAUUUUCUGUGCUCACAGGCAGUCUACAUCUUUAGAUUUGAGCCCUGACUGCUUCCCUCUUGUGCUGCCUCAUGACAGUUACAGCUUAACCUCUGUAGAGGAAAAAUGCAGACAUAUAUUAAAUGUUGCAACGCUGAGUGUAGAGUGUGUUUAUUAAAAAUUAUCAGGAAUGAUUGGUAGACUUGUAGCUAUAAAAUUGGAAUGAAAUUGAGAAGUGGAGACAGGUUGUUCGCUGCCAGAGUCAGUGUUGUGCCAUUCCCUGUGUGGACUCGUUCUUAUAUGUUAUAUCUCCUGUGCAUUUCUUUUUUUCCACGGGGAGGUUUCUGAAAGGCUGCAGGAAUUAUGGCUUAAUCUUUAGUGAGAUCCUUAUGGAAGAUGGGAUGUGGAAUCCAGGAACUGUUUCUGAAGUGCCUGUGUGUGUUGACUGGGAAGACAUCAGGAGAUCUCUCCGCUCUAUGCAUUAGCUUAGGACACUCCUAUUUCUCAGUCUAACAUGAGCUCAACAGCGAUUUCUGAUGCUGUUUGACUCUGCUCUGCAGUUUCCCUGCAAUAUAUGUAACCAACUUUUGGUUGAUAAGUUUGCAUUUAUCUCAUUGCCUCUGACUUCUUGGGUGCUUCUGUCUGCUAAAUCAUGACUUUAAUCUCUUGGGUGCUGAGCGCCGAGCAAGAAAAUACUGAUGGUUGUUCUUUUCUAGGUAGAUAAGUGUCCUCAUUACCAAUCCUUUCCCCCUGCUAUUUUUCUGUUUUUCCUGUGAUGGAGGAGAUUAUGGCCAGGACUGCAGUGUAGGGGACAAGGAAUUGGUGUAAGGAUCUUCAGCAUCUCUGUGGAGAGAGGAGAGAGCUGAUGGUAGGAACCUUUGUAUGUAGGUUCUAGACGUGUGAAAGAAGGGGGGGGGGAUAGGUGGCUGAUGGAGCAGGAGAGACUGGUGGUCCCACCAUUGAGACUUCUGUAUCUCUUCGAGCAGCUUUUAAUGUGAGUGAUGGCCAUUGAUUUGUGUCACUUCAGGUCAUCUAAGAGCUGAGUUGGUGCUGAUGCUGUUACUGUGCUUGACAUCUGUGGAUAUAGUGAGCUUGUAGACAGAAGCACUUAUCUGUUCAGGUAGAUUUCAGUGGAAACCUUCAUGUCAUAGGAAGACUCUGAAUGAGUCUUGGCUGCCUUAAGUUUAGUAUUGCAAACUUCAGAAUCUUAGUUGAAUCACAGUAUUUUGUCUUGAACUGGAGGCAGGAUGCAGACACAGGACAAGCAUAAAUGCUGGGCUUCAGGCUUCUGCUUCGAUUGUAAUGUGUUCUCGGAGCAGAUAAUUAGUUCUGUUUGGCUGCAUCUGUAUUUGUUUUCUCAGUGUUGCAGCCAUGAAAAGUGAGAAAAGUAGGAGGGCAUGCAGAAAGACCGAUUAAGGAAUGUGUUGUGCUUUGUGGUGUUGAAGUGGCAGCUGUAGCCACUGCUGCACUGCAUAUCCUGUAAUUGAGAGUUUGUGUAGGGGUGAUACUCAGCUGUUCUUUUUACAAUAUAUUUAUGGCCUGGCAGAGUGUUCAGCAAAACAGAGUGGCCUGGGGCCUGCACAGCAGUUAUCUAUAUGUGCAUGGGUGGCAGCUUCUUUGUUGCUCCCAGGAGUAUUCAGGCAGGCCUGAGACAUACUCUAGUGACCAUCUCCCUUCUGCUUUGUUUCAUGGGGGACCUGUUGCUCAUGGCAAUUUGAUCUUCAUCCUGAAAUUCAUACUCUUCCUCAAAGGGCUUCAGAAGGCUAGAAUGAUGUUUGGAUUAAGUACUUGGUCCCAUUCUCUACAGUGCACAUGGAGCACCCUGACAAAUUGAUCACAACAGUUAUUUUCUUUACCUUUUUUAUGGGUUUGAGUUGGAGCAGUGCAGAUCUAGUUCCCUUUAAUGUCUGUAGUAGUUCAUUUACACUGAGGGAGUGUGGUCCAUCUCUCUUAGUGUUGCCAAAAAGAUGCUGCUGAGCACAGAUUCCAUCACAGUUCAUGCAGGUCCAAAGCCAUGGAGACCUGGUUACUGAGCAUAUGCUUUCUAGACUGGCUGGCUCUGCUGGUGUGGAACUGUUUAGAAAACAGUGACGUGUUGUUCCUUACACUUUCACCCAAAUACAGGACCUAGUGCAGAACAAGUUCUGGUGCAGGAGUAGGCGGCAAAGAGCAGUGUGAAGCAGACAGUUAUCUGUGUGAUAAACCUGAGUAUAGAGGAGAGCAUCAAACAGAGCCAUGUAGAGACAGUGGCAUUGGAGCUCAAAGAGAGAAGGGAUCAGGAGGGAUUGACAGAACAGUCUUUCAGACUAGCUGUUUAGAUAUAUGCUAAGUGAACCAGCAACAUCUCAGAGUUCAUUCCUUCAGAAGUGUUUCAACAAAUUUAAAUUGACAGCAUGAGUUAGUAGUAGCUCAGUGCUGUUUAAGUUUGUUACUGAUCUCACAGUAACUAUUCUAAAACUAGAUUUACUGUUCCGUAUACUCAUGGCCUAAGAUGCUGCAAUAACAAAGAGUUGUCUUGCUCAGUAGUAUGCCUUAAAUAGAUAGAGAUUUCAACAGAAGAGGCAGUUUCUUCAGUGACUGCCAGCUACAGUGGGCUGAAGUUACAAAACUAUAAAUGCUGACUGAUGGCAGUGUGAGAGCUCUUUAAUGUUAUUUCUUAUGUUAUUUCUUAUGCCAAAGGCUUGAAUGUCAAGACCUUUUGAUGUCUGGGCUGUGCCUGUAACUCCUUUGGUUCCAAAAUACUCUUGUGGUCAAAAAAGCUUAGCAGCAACUUGGACAAUUUUUGGAAGGGAGCCAGGGACUCUUUCUCACUGUUGUAUUUGGAAAGAAAAUGGAAAGUUUCAUCAUAAGGUAAGAUAGAACUGAAUAAAAGGAGAGGAUGGGAGAUAGGGAGUGUAGUUGAGUGAAUUACAGAAAACUGCAGAAAUGGCAAAAGUUAGGUGAUGUGCAAAGGGGAGGGAAGUUGUGAAGAGAAUAGCAAAUAUUGUCUGGUAGACUUUGUUGUAAGCUGUGGUAAAUUCAAUUUGGAAAAUCCUUUUUUGUUUUCUAGAGAGAAGAAAAUGGAUAAUUCAGGAUUACCAUCAAUUUUGGAAUUGACAAAUUCCCUUUCAAGUCUAAAAAUGCGAUUAGUGCAGUAUGUCCUAAUUACGUUCUGCUGUGAUUUGGUAAAAAAAGCCUCCUUUUUAUUUACCUUGUAUAAGCAAUUCAGAAUUUUUGGCUUUCAAAUUGAAAUCUUCCAUUCCUACCAUCGUGCCAAAUCCCCCAAACAAAACAUACACUGUAAUUCAUAAAGACUUGAAGGUCUUUUGGAGUGUUAAGUAAGACAUGACGUGCUUUGGGUUUUUACAAUUGGCAAGUUAUUUGCUCUUGCAGUUACAGACCACUGUACUCUAUCUUUCUGUUUUGUUUUGAUUUUUUACGGGAAUAAAAAGUUUGUUUUAACACUUCAGCAAGUGUUUCAUGGUCAACACUGAAUGCGAAACUGAAACUUCCUCUUUAAAAGGUGCAGUGCUGUGAAAACUGUUACUGACCGUAGAAAAAUGGACAUGUUGCAGAUACUCCGUAAAACCACAGAACGCUUAGAGUGUGACCACUGCAGCUUCAGAGGAACGGACUAUGAAAACAUACAAAUUCAUAUGGGUACUGUUCACCCAGAGUAUUGUGACGAAAUGGAUGCUGCUGGUUUGGGUAAACUUAUAUUUUAUCAAAAAAGUGCAAAACUGUUUCACUGCCACAAAUGCUUCUUUACCAGCAAGAUGUAUUGCAACGUGUAUUAUCACAUCAAAGCACAGCAUGCAGCACCUGAGAAGUGGAAUGAGGAGCGGAAGGAACAACGGGUAGAAGGAGAUUCAGAUUCAUCCAAAAAAAGUGUCACAUUGGAGCCACAGAAACCUACCCUUUCCCCGGAGUCGCACAAACCUGCCCUUUCUCCUGAACUCCCCAAAUCUGAACCUGUUGUUUCCCCCAAGCUUCAGAAAUCUUCUGCGUCUCCAGAGCCCCAGAUAUCUGCUCAGGUGACUUCCUCAGAGGCAGACAAGUCAGCCCAGACUGUAUCCCCAGAUCCAGAAAAAUCAGCCCAGGCUACAUCUCCCGAUCCAGAGAAGUUAGCCUCAGCUGUGUCCCCUGAUCCACAGAAGCCAUCCCCACCUGUGUCCCCCGAUCAACUGAAGCCAUCUCCUGCUGUGUCCCCUGACCCACAGAAGCCAUCUCCUGCUGUGUCCCCUGACCCACAGAAGCCAGCCCCAGCUGUGUCUCCAGAGCCCCGGCGGCAUUCCCCAGCCGUGUCUCCAGAGCCCCGGCGGCAUUCCCCAGCAAUGUCUCCAGAACCCCGGCGGCAUUCCCCUGCUGUAUCACCAGAGCCCCGGCGCCAUUCUCCUGCGGUGUCUCCAGAACCCCGCAGAUACUCCCCAGCUGUGUCACCAGAGCCAAAGAAACCUACUCCAGCAGUAUCCCCUGAACCACGGAGGUAUGCCCCAGCUGGGUCUCCUGAGCCACGGAGGCAUCCCUCCCAAAUGCGUAGGCCUGCUUCUGCUUCUCCUCCUGAAACCCGGAGGCCUGCUUCUGCAGUUUCACCGGAGUCAUGGAGACCUGGUCCGACCGUUUCCCCUGAGCCCUGGAGGUCUCACGAGGUGCAAAAGUCUCCGACGGUUUCUCCCUGGGCUCCAAAGCCUGCCAUGUCAGUGUCCAUAGAAUCCCGGAGGUCUGCCCCUGAGUCUCGAAGGCCUAGCCCUGUUGUGUUGCCAGAACCUAGGAGGGUUGUUUCUGACUCGUGUAAGUCUACGUCGUUUUCUGAAUCCCAGAAGUCUACUCUUGUUUCUUCUGAGCCGUGGAAACCCAUCUCAUCUGUUUACCCUGAAGGCUGGAAACCUGUUCUGUCCCCUGAUACAUGGAAGCAUUCUCCCCCUGUUUCUCCUGAGCUUCGAAAGUCUAGUCACACUGUUUCCUCAGACUCUUGGAAGCCUCCUUUCUUUCCUGAGGUCCGUAAGCCCGGUAUUUCAGUAUCUCCUGAACCUUGGAAACUCUCUGAGUCACGGAAAUCUAUGUAUUUUUCUGAAACUCAGAAAUCCACCUCUGCUGCUUCGUCUGAGAUUCAGAAACGGGCUCAUUUCCCUGAACCUCGGAAAAGAGUGCUGUUCCCAGAGUCUCGUAAAUCUAAUCCUACUGCUUCUACUGAUGUCCAGAAACGUGCCGUCUUUUCUGAGCCCCAGAAUCAAAUAUCUACUUCUGCUUUUUCUACCGAAGGUCAAAAACAAGCCCUGUGUUCUGAAACCCAGAAGUCAGCUCUUGUUUCUUCUGAAGUCCAGAAGCACGCCCUAUUUUCUGAAGCCCAGAAACUUGCUCCCAUUUCCUCUGAAGUUCAGGAGUCUACUUCCUUUCCAGACUCUCAGAAAUCCACAUCUCCUGAAAUUCAGAAACAUGGCCUCUUUACUGAGUCCCAAAAACCUACUCCUGUUUCUCCUGAGACACCCAAACAAGUUGUUUUCACUGACUCCCAGAAAUCUGCUAUUUCCCCUGAUGUUCAAAAGCACGCUGUAUUUUCUGAGAUGCAGAAGCCUGCUGCUGCUUUAUCCUCUGAUGUCCAGAGACAUGCUGAAACUACUGUACCUUCUGAAAUCCAGAAGAAUAUCCUGUUUUCCGAGCCUCACAAGUCUGCUUCAGGCUUUUUCUCCGAGCCCCAAACACCUAGUGAGUCUGGCGAGAGUGACUUUCUUUCUCACACUUUAGAUGAUCAGAAACCACUGGAUGACUUAUUCUCACAGGAUGAACAAUCAUUAUUAGCCAAAGAAUCACCAGAAGACAUGCUAUAUUCAUGCCCAAAAAAGAAGCCCAAGAAGGAAAACCAGGAGAACUCAGAUUCUGAACUAAAUAUCAGUGAGUGUGGAAAAACAGAGUUGGACUCAAUGGAGAUAAAGGAACAAGAAUCCAACAGUGACCAAGAGCAGUAUGAUAUGGAGUCAUCUGAUUAUGGCAAAGAGAGCAAAAUGGAUGCAACUACUCCCACGCAGCCACAGUGUGUGCUGCAGUUUACUGAAGAAAAAGAGGCUUUCAUCUCUGAGGAAGAAAUAGCAAAAUACAUGAAGCGUGGCAAGGGAAAGUAUUACUGCAAAAUUUGUUGCUGUCGUGCAAUGAAAAAAGGUGCUGUCUUGCACCAUUUAGUUAACAAGCAUAAUGUUCAAAGCCCAUACAAGUGUAAAAUAUGUGGCAAAGCUUUUCUCUUGGAGUCUCUUCUUAAAAACCAUGUUGCUGCUCAUGGUCAAAGUUUGUUGAAGUGUCCCCGUUGUAAUUUUGAAUCAAAUUUUCCUCGAGGCUUUAAGAAACAUUUAACCCAUUGCCAAAGCCGUCAUAGUGAUGAUGCACCUAAAAAACACUUGGACAACCUUGAACCGCUUGAAGAACAAAUUUAAUCUUUUUUUCUCCUUGUGCUAGAAAAGCUAAAUUUACAGAAGUGUUCAAAGUGUUACUGUAUGUUAACCAAGUAGUUUAGCUGAUCUGACAAGUCAGAAGAUGCAUGGUUUAUUGUGCUAUGUUUACCUUGUCUUUUAUAGCUGUAUUACUGAAGAGAUUUACUUUUGAAAGUCAUUUUAAAUACGUGUUCAUGUCUUUGUAUUACCCAUCAGUAGAGUCAUAUUUUAUUUUUCAGAUGUACUAUGUUUUUGAAACCAAAAUGGAUACGAAAUAGUUUUGUAAAGAUUUGUAAAACGUAUAGGCAAUUAAGGACUGGAAUGGCAAGCAAUCCAUAUUUUCCUGUGAAGACAACUUGUUUUUUCACAUUUGUUAAAUGUUGUAUUUUUAAAAAUGUUUUUAUCAAGUUCUCAAAUUUAAAAUUCUCACUAAAUUGAAUGUGAAUGAGCCAGGUAUGAGAAACUACCAAUGUCCUGGAAUAAUGAUGCCCUGACGUUGUAAUUGAGUGUACAGUCAAUUGUUGGAAAUUCAUUGCACUCAAUUCUUUGACUUACUUGUCUCAGAUUUAGAAGCAUCAAGGUACCUAUUUUGUGAUUCUGUGUUUUGGCCAUGUUUUAAGCAUGUACUAAUAUACAUUAAAUUGAUAGAUUAACGUCAGACUAUGUAUAGCUCAACACUUUCUCUUGAUGAUUCAGAUGUUUGUAAUGUCAGACAACCUCUAAUUUUCUUGUAUUUGGUGAAAUGUUAUGCUUUAAUGUUUUAACAAUAAAAAGAAACCCAACCUGGUGUUA